CUGCUCCAGUGGAAGCCUCCAGGCCUGUGGCUUAAGGCCACCACGUGCUGCUCCCUUCCAGGCUGACUGAGCUGCGGCUGGGACUGUCAGUGCUGAUGCCUGAACUUUCAGCCCACGAGAGCAAUGCCCAUCCCUGGAGAGUUGCUCAAUGUGCAGGAUGAAAAAGAUGCCAAGUUCCUGUGCUCCUUCCUUCCGGCACAGCGAGGAGGAGGGGGAGAGGAGCUGCCCAAGGGCAGAGCCAGCAUCGCUCCUCUCCAGGCUCCUCUCCCGUUCCUUCUCUGCUCAGCUCAUGGAGAAGCUCCUGCACCUCACCUUGGUCUUCCUGUCAGCAUCCUGUGCUGCAGAGAAUGUCACCGUGGUGGCCGCCAUGGAGGGGGACACCAUUUCUGUCAACUGCUCCUACGACCCCCGGCAGUGGUGGCGGGAGAAGAGCUGGUGCAGGCAGCUGGACCAGAGCCGGUGCCAGCAGGUGGUGAGCUCCCCACCCACGUGGCUGCCCUUCCCCAGGACCAGGAGAGGCACCACCUCCAUCAGGGACAACACCCGCGCCGGGCUCCUGACGGUCACCCUGAGGCGCCUCCGCAAGGAGGACGCGGGGCUGUACCAGUGCAAAACGGAUUUCCUGGGUGAAACAAAGAGCCUGAGGAAGGUGCGGGUGGAAGUGCUGGCAGCAGCUGACCUGGUGACCCACGUGCCAGAGGAGCCCAGAGCUGUGCAGAGCAUCUCCAGGUCCCCUCCUGAGGUGGAUUUCACUGUUUUCUACAUCCUCGCUGGAUUCCUGGUGGCCAAGUUCACGGUGGCUGUGCUGGUCUGUGUUGUUGCCCACAGCAGGAAGAACAGGGAGAGAGGGCAGAACCCAGGCCUGGGUGAGCAGCAGGUGCUCCCGUUCCCUGCUGACCUCGGACGUGAUGGAAUUGGCCUCUCCUGGGAGGGCUCUGCGUGAGCCAAGCCAAAGGGAAUCCAUGGAAAAGGAAAAUCAGGUGUUUGCCACCUCCCCUAAGUAAAGGAUCGCUACUCAACACAGGAAGAACCUGUCACUCUGGAGAGGGAACAUCCUCAUCUUCUUCACCACCUCUUCCCCUUGGCACCUCAUCCCCAGGCAGUUAUUCCAGGCAUCAUUCCCAGGACCAUUCCAUCAUGGUCUGAACUGACACCCAUCAACUCCCUGUCACCUCAGGGCACAGCCAGGUGACAGAUUCUGUCUCUGCAAGGUGAGGAAGAGCAGCUCCCCCAAGCUGCUUUGGACAGUGGGAAUGCUUGGAGAAAAUCCCUGUGGAAAGGAGCAAGGAACUGCAGGAUAUACCAGGAAUGGGACGUGGUCUCCUUGCAGCUCCAAGCUGGUUUCCUCCUCUCUGAAGGCACUUUGUGAAUACAGGAACAGUCUCUCUGUUGUUCUCCCUGUGUUUUCUCUCCCAUGUUCCUCCCUCCCCACAGUGAGGCAGCACUCAGCUCUCCCAGGCUCCAAACCCAUGGGCACUCACAUUUCUUUUUCCCUUUCAAAACUCAAUAAAAUGCAGCUGAUUCUCUG